AUGUUCUUCCUCAAGGAACUUGAAAAGACUAUUCAAUUGCACCCUUCCUACUUUGGGCCUCUCAUUCGGUCACAUAUUCAUCGCGAGCUGCUGACUAAAGAGGAGGGCUCGAGCACUGGCAAAUUCACCAUCGUCUGCAUUCUGGACUCUUUCGAAAUUUCCGAUGGCCAGGUCAUUCCUGGCUCCGGAUAUGCCGAAUAUAUCGUGCACUAUAAGGCUAUAGUAUGGAGGCCAUACAAGGGAGAGGUGAUGGACGGAGUGGUCACUUCCGUCAUUCGCUCGGGGUUCUUUGUCGACUGUGGCUCACUGCAGGCCUUCGUGGGCCGGAGUAUGAUACCGUCCGACAUCAAAUUUGAUCAAACCGCGACGCCUGCGCAGUGGACUGACAACGGCGAGCAAGUUAUUGAGAAGGGAACCAACAUCCGUAUCAAGAUCAAGGGUCUACGGUCCGAGGUGGACAAGAUGUAUGCCAUCGGGACCAUGAAAGAGGCAUGCUACCCUUUCCACCCUCUAUUAUCUUCUAGCUAA